GCAGUUGUUCACUUCAAAAUGGCGCUCGCUGUGCGUAGAAAGUAGUACUCGUGUAAACGUGUAAAAUUGGAGAUAGCAUAGAAGAAAACUGAAAGGGUUCGCGGUUCAACUUUUUCUAACGGUUUCCUCAGCGUCCUUUACGAAGUUCAGUUGAUAUCGUGUCCACGUCCAGGGUAGAUCAGACCAGAUCUGCAAAUCUUGGAGCACUCGUCGUAUGCCAUUAAAAAAAUAAAGGGUUCGCGGUUCAACUUUUUCUAACGGUUUCCUCAGCGUCCUUUACGAAGUUCAGUUGAUAUCGUGUCCACGUCCAGGGUAGAUCAGACCAGAUCUGCAAAUCUUGGAGCACUCGUCGUAUGCCAUUAAAAAAAUUAAAACAUGCCUGUUAUAAAAAUUUGGUCUGUAGAUCAAAAAAUCAAAAAAGCGGUUCAAAUAAUGGACCCAACAAUAGAAAAUGUUAUUGAAAAUGCUUGCUUUUAGACUCUGCAAAAUUGAUGAGCUGCCCCAGGAGACUGCAAUGCCUGCACUGUAUCAAAUAGUAGCUAAUAACCUGCCACAAAACUUACAAAUGAAAGGAAUAUAUACGGAUCAAAGAUUUUUUUGAUUGAUGGCACAGAAAUAGAAGACAAUGAAGCUCUCAAAGAACUCCAAAAUGAGGUUAUACUUAUAGGGGAUAACUGGAAACCUGAUCAAAGCGAUAAUCAAAGUCGCACAGCAACAGCGUCUACAAUCACUGCUCCUAAUUCACCAACAACAAGCAUAAUUAGCAAUAACAGCGACACAAGCAUAAAUAGCUUUGCGUUUGACAUUCCCUAUAACAAACUUCCAUCGUCGCUUUUGACAAAAUUAAAUGAUUGUAAACCGAUUUCUAAUACCGAAGUCAACACUAUCGUGAGAACUGUAACAGAUGAACUCUUCCAGGAAACAAAAGCAUCAAGAUCAGCUUACAGAGUGGUUGCACGAGAUUUGUGUGACAAAUAUCCACAGCUUUAUGACAGAGAUGCUGAUACAAACGAACUCAUAGGAACAGGCUACCACACCAUUUUUAAAAAAGUUGAAGAGAGAGUUCAUUAUCUACAAAGGCCGAAUAAAAUGGAUACCUUAGGAUCAAGAAAGAAAUCUCGAGUCGUUAAAAAUUUGAGUGCUGGCUGCAAAGAAUGGCAACCCAGUGAUCCUGGUAAUGUGGAUCUUGAAACUUUAGAUUCUAAAAAGGACUGGCUAAAAUCGGUUUCUUCCAUAAAGGAAAGAGAUGAAUCAAAAGUUGAAUUCUACAUGAACGAGACCUAUGCACAGCAAAGGAUAUUUCUGAACUCAGCACCUGCCGUAACACAUAUUCUUAACGAAUGGCCAGUAUUGUUAGAGGAGAAAUAUAUGAUUUCGCAUUUUGAUCGUCUUUGUGCCUUGAAUUCUGGCCAGUGUAUGGAUGCAUUUCAAAAUAAAACGACGGCAUUGAAUGAGCGGUUGAAAACUUUGAUCACGAAGAAAAAAAAUAAGACAUGCACUGUUAAUGACAAUAACUUGAAUUGUAACCUACAGAUGGUUGCAACUUAUUUCAAUGAAGAUAUAAAACUCAUAUACCAAGCACAUGAGAAACCAUUAACCAGGGUUCAAGUUGCAGAGCUAUCCGAAAUAGCUGCGCCUAACAUUGUAUUUUUAGAUAAUGAAAAUAUAUAUUACUUGCUGGUAGAAAAAACGAUUGUUAGCGAAACUGCGAGUCUGUCUACGUCGUUACAACUACUGAUGGCGGCUUACUUCAACUUGAAUAUGGAAUAUCCAGUGCACUGUCAAAACACAUUGGAAUUUCUUCAAAGGUUUGUGUUUAAAAUAAACCCUAAAGAAGGAAGUAAAGUCCGUAAAGGACGCACGCUGAAUAAAGUGAUUAGUUUAAUCAGUAAAAUCCAGUAAUGGCAUUUACAUGCGGUUAUUGUGGCGAGAAUUUCUCCACAGUAAUUUCGUACAAUAACCAUCAAAAAAGUCACAGGUUCUGUAAAAAUGUAAAAUUUCCGUGUGUUGAUCCUUUGUGUAAGAGUGUUUUCAAUAAUUAUGAGUCUUUUAGAAAUCACAAUUUUAGAUUGCAUCAGCCUGGGACUAGUACUGAUAGUCCACGAGUUGACAUUAAUUCAACCUAUUCUAAGUGUACAGAAUGUAAUCAGAGAAUAUUGUUAAAAAAUGUCGAAUACCAUUCAAGAACUCAUGAUAUUCAAUCCGGAAAAGCAGUAACUUGUCCAUAUAAUCUUUCAUCUGAAACAACUUCAUGUGGUUCGUCUACUUUUACUAGUAUACCAUCAUUAAAAAGUCAUGUGUAUCGCAAUCAUUUUAACUCUGUUUCGAAUUUGACAGAUCAAGAUUUUUUAAACCCGAGUAGCCUAGAUCACGUUCAGCCUACUACUAGCGAUAUUCAAGAUUGUAAUAUGUCUGACGAUUUAGAAGUCAAUACGGAUCUUAAUAACGAAACUGAUUUGUUAUUUUUGAAACCAUUGCUGUUACUUUUACUCAAGUUAGAGGCACGAAAUUUUCUUUCUCAAGAUGCUAUUUGCAGUGUGGUAGAAGGUUAUUCAGAUGUCCAUGAAAAUUCUUUGAAAAAUAUUAAAAUUAAAUGUCUACAUGCUCUUGAAACUUAUCCAGAUUCUAAAGAAGCUAUGGAGAAACAUGUUUUCAAUUCGACAUAUGAAGAUAGUAUGAAUGGCAGUUGGUCUAAAAAGUUGACAAGCAAGUACUUAAGAUUUAAACUUUACUCGGAACUUUGUAACAUUGUGUUACCAAUUUCUAUAAUGUUAGGUAGAAACAAUUUUAACAAAAUGUGUUCCUUACAAUAUAUACCAAUCAUAGACACCAUUAGAACGUGGUUUGCAGAUAAGACAUUUCUUGAACAAUUUCAAAACCCAAAAAAUAAAGUAAAUGAUGUUUUAAAAGAUAUAACAUGUGGCUCAAAAAUGUGUAAUAACGAAUUCAUAAAUAAUCCAAACACAUUAAAAAUAAUACUGUAUCAAGACGCCUUUGAAGUUUGUAAUCCCUUGGGAUCAUCUAAGAUCAAACAUAAAAUACUAGGAGUUUACAUGACGCUGGUAAAUGUUUUUCCUUAUAAUAGGUCUAAAAUAGAUAACAUGAAACUGGUAUUAUUGUGCAAGGAAAAACAUUUAAAAGAGUUCGGUCAUGAUAAAAUUUUUGGUAAAUUAACGGAAGACCUUAGAAGCUUAGAAACACGUGGAGUGUAUAUUAAAGAGUGUAAUCAAAUUAUUUAUGGCACUCUUCUGACAAUAAUUGGUGACAAUUUGGGAAGUCAUACCAUUGGUGGUUUUGUUGAAAACUUUAAUGUAAAAUAUUUUUGCAGGUUUUGUUUAAUUGAGAAAGAACCUUUUGCGCAAAAUCCAAUACUGUUAGGAAAAAAAAGAACUAUUGAAGACUAUAACGAAGACGUAAAAAUCUCUAACCAAUUACAUGAGGAUGGUAGUUCAUCGGUUCAUAAUCGAGGGGUUAAACAGGACUCCGUUUUUAACCAAAUCGAAAACUAUCAUGUCAUUGACGGUUUGCCUCCGUGUUUAGGACAUGAUUUAUUUGAGGGUGUUGUGCAAUUUGACAUCGCUUUAGCUAUCAACUAUUUCAUCAAUAACAAAAGCUUUACGCCAAAUUUUUUAAACAUGAAAAUGGAACGUUUGUCGAAAAUGGAAAAAAAAAGUGUGCCACCACCCUUUAAAGCUGGCUCUGUUAAAAUAGGGGGUCAAGCUCUUGAAAACUGGCAUUUUCUAAAUUAUUUGCCGCUAAUUUUAUUAAACUCUGUAAAUAUUCACGACCCUGUCUGGCAAAUGAUAAUAAAGUUGCGGGAAAUAGCACAACUUAUUUGCGCAUAUGAGAUAUCUAUUGGUCAAACAGCUUUAUUAUCAUCUGGCACAAAAGAAUAUUUAAUACUUAGGAAACAGUUAUUCCCUAAUACUCCGCUAAGACCUAAACAUCACUACCUAUUACACUAUGGUGAAUUGACGAGAAUUCAUGGACCGUUGAUCUAUUCUUGGACGCUUAGAUUUGAAAGCAAACAUAGGUUUUUCAAAAACGUUGUCCGACACCUUCCAAAUUUUGUCAAUAUCACACUUUCACUAUCAAAUCGUCAUCAACUACACGAGGGUUAUCUUUCUCAGGGUAUUCGGUAUGAUACCAAAUUAUUUUCCAAACAUUCUCGUGUACACAGAAUCGACGAACUACCAUCAAGCGUUAGGUGCUUGAUUUCUAACACCACCCCUGGAACAAUCCUCUCGGCUUCGCAAAUAGGUUACAGGGGGAUAAAUUAUGCAACAGGCGAUUACCUUCUCUAUAAACAUGAAGAAAACGUACUGAAUUUCCUUGAAGUAGAGAUGAUUCUAUUUAGUGAUACGUAUGAAAAUCCAUAUUUCAUUGGAUGUAAUCAUAAAUUUCAAUAUAAUUCAGAAAUAGGCUUAUGCCAAAAGCUUUUUACACCUCAAUCAGAUCUUAAUGAAAAAAAAAUAUGUAGUGACUACCAAAGCUUGCUACAUUUUAACACUUAUAAAACACAUAUUAUUGACAAUUGCCAUUUUAUAUGUCUGCAUCAUGCUUAUUUAGAUUUGCUUUAGAAACUUCUAGCUAGGUUUAUCGAGUUUCAGUCGCAAGAUCAAUGUGUGACAAAAUUCACGAAUUGGACCAAUUAUUAAUAGGUAGUAUACUUUUUUUGUACCAGAGUAUCUGAUUGUACCCUUUUGAAAUAAACAAAUUAAUUAUGCCUUCAAAUGUCCGUUAAUUUGCCAAAUAAUUUAUUACAAUAGACUUCCGAACACUUUGGAACCUUGGUUUCGCUCAAUAGUCUCUUUAAUACGGUUAGUAGUAGUAGUAGUUAGUGACAAAAUUAAAUGAUUGUAAACCGAUUUCUAAUGCCGAAGUCAACGCUAUCGUGAGAA